GGUUCCUCCGGUCUGGACGUGUCCUCCAUUGCCGAAGCACCUCUCUUCUUCCUCUCCAAUUUCAUAGUUUCUCAAACAAGGAUUUUCAAAGCCUCCAAUCCUUUUAUUUUCUUCUAAUGGAUUUGCAGCCGAGCGAUUUCGAUCGGUUACUUUUCUUCGAGCACGCUCGGAAGAAUGCCGAAGCUACAUACGCCAAGAAUCCCCUCGAUGCCGAUAAUUUGACAAGAUGGGCAGGAGCUUUGUUAGAGCUAUCUCAGUUUCAAAGCGUUAUAGAAUCAAAGAAGAUGAUUCUAGAUUCAAUAGCAAAGCUGGAGGAGGCACUAUUGAUUAACCCCAAGAAGCAUGAUGCUCUUUGGUGCUUAGGAAAUGCUUAUACUUCCCAUGCCUUUUUGAAUCCGAACCAGGAUGAGGCAAAGAGUUAUUUUGAUAAGGCGUCGGUAUACUUCAAGCAAGCUGUGGACGAGGAUCCUGGAAAUGAACUUUAUCUAAAAUCUUUGGAGGUGACUGCAAAGGCCCCAGAAUUGUAUGCAGAAAUUCAUAAGCAUGGGUUUGUUCAACAGACGACUGGAACAGCUGAACCCUCUGCUUCGUCUAGUACUAAGACAUCAAAGGAAACGAAGAGCAGUGAUCUGAAGUAUGACAUAUUUGGAUGGGUAAUACUUGUUGUUGGUAUAGUUGCAUGGGCGGGGUUUGCGAAAUCUCACAUCCCGCCCACACCACCACCUCGAUAAGUCGUCGUGCUAGACGUUUGGAAGUUCGAGAUUUAGAGAUGAUAUUCAUAGAGAUGAGAACUACAUAUCGAUCAUCGGUUCUUUUCUUGUUCUCGUUUUCUUCUUGUUAAUUCUUAUUAUUAUCGAUUUCAUUGAAACUUGAGUCGUUUUUGUUUCUGGUUUUUCUGGGUAUGACUGAUAAAUAAGCUGGGAUUGAAUCCUGGUUAGAGGGGUUUUGUUGGGAAUGUUGCUGCUCAUUGUUCGUCAAAUAUUUGGUGAUGAUUGGUAGGGUAGAAAGGAAUUGGUCAUUAAUUUUAUUUUGCAGCACAUUGAGGGGGGUUGCCAUUUAGUUCA